AUGGAAUCGUUGCGAACGGUGAUUUCACGGCUGUUUGCCGAUCCUCAAGAUCCUACAGCUACUCCGUUGGAAGACACCAACCGACGAUAUUGCGGUUAUUUCAGUCGAAAGCCUUCCAAGCGUCGACGUGUCAGCUUGCUUCAUCCAAAGACUGAGCAGGCAUAUACGGAUCAAGCAGCACUCGAUGAUAGUCCUAUGGUUGCAUUUCUACUUCAAACAAGUCGUCUCGAUUAUGAUACUUUGGCUCAUGAUUUUCUUCGUACAUGUGUUGUUGGCAAUAUGUCGGAGCAGCUCAAGGUGAUCAUGCUCAAGUAUCGGGAGCCGCCUCUUACGUUGGUCAAGACAACACGACUCAUGGCAUUCCUCAAUCAUCUUUUGACUAUCGUUCCUGUUACACCCAAAGCAACUGCUGCUUCCAGUGGCCAUGGAUCAUUAACGACGACACCUUUUCCUCUGGGCCAAUUAUUUGAAGACCUCACUUUGACGCUUUCGUUACGACCUGCACCUGGCAACAACAAAUCACUCACCUUGUCGAUAUGGGUUGUCACCAUUCAAUUUAUGUUGUCAUGCUUGAAAAGCAAUUCACAGCAAGCAUUGUACAAUGCAGGAAUUGCCACACCUGCCAUUCUUGGAAUCAUCAAACACAUCUUGUUGGAAUUGACUCGAUUGCCUGCCACCAAUAUGAAUCCUCUUCAGAAGCAAUGCUUUUCUUUGGGGAAGCAGAUGUUGGAUCUAUUCCUCGUCCGUGAGCAUCCAAUCAACUCGACAUCAUCGGAUCAAAGCAGCACAGCGUCUGUUCCUAUUGGAAUCGGCUCAGUCUCUUACUACGACGUCAUUGUAUCGUUUCCAGAGCUAUAUGGUCAUUUCAUCAAUGAAGCACCUCCAACAACUGGAUCCCAGCAGCAACCUACAAUAGCCAAUCACAACGUAUGGCUGAUGACACUCCAAUACAUGAUCACUUCAAUCACCCAAGAUCAUCGUCUCAUGGAUAAGAUCCAUACGGUUAUGGCAGUCAACAUUAUCAAGCACAUUUUGCGUGAGAUCAAUACCCUUCCUGCCAACAUGUCAACAGCCCAAAUCGAUUGUCUCAACAAGGGCAAAGAAUUGAUCAACCUUUUGCUACUUGGUCCUAUGGGUGAUGGCGCAGGCGUUGUAUCACAUUACGACAUCAUCGUUGCGCUACCGGAUGUAUAUGGUCAUUUCUUGCGAGGCACAUUUGCUCAAAGUAUUCAUUGGACCAUGGAGAAAUUCAUCAACGAGCUUGGCAAACGUAGAAGACAUCUUGCAUUUCUCAUGAUGCCACCAGACGCAUCAUGGCCUCUCAUCUCGCAGCUGAGUCGACGACAUGAGUACAAUGAUUUGACGACACGAACCAGUUUUCACAUGUUUGAAGGAGAUUUGAUCGAAUUUGUAAAGGAGGGCAAUUCCACAAACAUUGAGACCCAUUUUCGUGACAUGCUCUUUCAACGUGCAUCCAUGGAUGAAUUCCGGCAACUUGAAUUAUCGCUUACACAAACGGGAUUGGAUACAAGGCAAAUAAGAAAAGCCAUGGUGGAUAAAGUACGAGACGUCCUCCAAUGUAUUCAGCAACAUAGCCGAUCAGAGAAGAGGCCGAAUACAAAUCCACCCAAUCAAGAUGACACGAUGUGGAUCCCGUCGAAUUUGGAUUUGUGGGAAUUGAUGAAUGAAACGGCUGACCAGUUAUACAGCUUUGUGGCAGCAGAGUUUUUCACUUAUGAGGAUAUCCUGCAAGACUUUUAUGACCUUGUUUAUCAGCCCAAUGGAGAAGAGUAUCCAGCGGGAGCAAAGCAUCACCUGCCCAAGGACAAUGGUUUGAUUUGGUUCCUCUUGCAACUUUUCCCGAUCGAGAGGAUAGCCAAGGAGGUGAUUCCCCGGGAUUUUGAAGGAGACGAGAGCUUGUUUGCGAAAUUGGGUUCCCUCUACAACGAAGCACAAACUCGUUCAGUGGAUGCCUUCUCACUUAGAGACCUCGCGCUGCAGUCUGCGAUCACCUUGCAACAACACAACAUCAAAGAUGUCGCUAAUAUCAAGCAGCGUCAUCGAGGGAUUUCCUCGGCUCUUCAAUACACCAGCAUCUGCUACAAAAUACAGGCUUACUUCAAGCAGAAUUAUCAUAGCAAUGUGAAGAAUCCUGAUCUUUUCAGCAACUUGGAUAUAUCGGAGAUGACCAAGAUUGCGCUUGUCAGUCAAAUGCGUGGAGAAUGGGUGCCAUUUACUCUCUACGUGUACCUCGUCCCAAAUGAAGCUGAAGUUGGUACACUUGGGAAUCCAGAAUCUACCUAUUUCAAGGGAGGCAGUCUAUCUUACAAGUUGUUGGAUUUACUCUGUGUCAGCGGCAAACAUAGACUUUUGCAAGUGAUCUACAAGAUGAUGCUUGAAAGUGAUGUAGGACCAAAAUAUCAAAACGCCCAAAUCUCGUGUGUUUCACCCAACGUGAUCGAUGUGGUCUACAAGUUACUAUAUAGCGCACCAUGCUCAUCGGAAUUGAUGGUGAAGGAAAUCUUUGAUAAGAUUCGACGUUGUGACAAGCGAUACAAGAGCAAGCAUGAUGGACAAAACACUGGCAACAACGAGAUGAUGCUUUCACUCCCGACCAUGCGUUGGCUUCAUACGAUCCUUCAGCUGAUGAAUUACCGGUUCUUGCGGCAGUUAAAAUAUCCUUUUACCAAUGUUGACUUUUAUGAUUUGACAACCUAUACAACUACAACAAUCAUGCAAUCCUUAACCACCAUUUUACGUUCUCUCCAAACUCAUCAGGGCUUUUCCACUAUAUCCGCUACUCCAUUUCCUAUUUGGAACAUCGACAAGUGUACCGGGUUCUCGAAUCUUUUGUCUUCAACGUGGCAGUGA